AUGGUAUGCCCUCCCAGCGUGCGGCGGUUUAGUCAGCGACACCCCACCUGGACCCGGAACAUCAACGCCAGGGCCCGGGCCCGGGCCCGACGACGACGGCGGCGAAGGAACGGCUUCUGGGGCAUCUUUGACACAUACGGGAGGCCAUAUCCUAGCGGUAAUCAUCAGGGCGCUUCUUCUUUAGUUGACGAUUCUCCGUCCUCUUCGCCCUUUCCACCUCCCGUCCAACAAUCACCGUCACCUACCGAGCCCCCCGACAUACCAGUCCAGAAACAACAGAUCGCUGGCAUCACGCUCUCGGUCCAGUUAAAUCCAGACGACGAUCCCAUUCCCCUCGAGUUCUACAUCUCCCAACAUGACCCCGACACCGAUCAUGUGCCCGACGAGCAGGACGAGGCUACCUUGACCACUGCGCGUGCUCGCAUCCGACUCUGCUCUCCCGUCACCGUGUUUACGCGUCCUCCCAAACGCCAUCGCCAAGGGAGUCAGUCGAAUGAUGAACCCCCUUCAAAGCGCCGCCAUGUCAGCCUCCCUCACGCGUUAUCCGGCUCCAGUCCCCGUUACGCGCCGAACUCCAAUGCGCUUCGCGAUGCCUCGAACCGAAACGAAUCCGGCCCGAGCCUCCCUGGCGACUCUGCAUACAUGGUGGAACUUGGUCUUGUAAGGGCAUAUCCGUCUGCGGAGGACAUCGCAGACAGCCAUGAAACCCAGUCUUGGUCCUCGUCUGAGGACUCAUUGCUGUAUGAUCAAUCGUUCGGCCACCCAACACUUGACGAUUCACUGCCCAGUGCUCAAUUGCUCCUCGACAUGCCUUAUGACGACGCCGUCCACCUUAUUCAUCCCACUCGAGUACUCAUCCGAAGCGCUGUUAUCACCACGGCCAUUAUCGUCAUCCUUUUCAUCGGCCUCCACGUCAUCAUAUUGAUCAUUGCACCUCUGAUAUUGGGCGCCUUUGCCACUCAGAACCCACUUGGACAAUUGCCCGACUCCCCUCUGCAACCUGUCGAUUGGUUCCAAGAAGCGGCCGAGAUAGAGAUGGCUGCAAUGAGCAUCUCCCGUGUUGUCCUCUUUGGCGAAACCUCACAGGAAGAUUUUCUCUGGCAGUGUCAGCCUGGCCUCCGCCCAGAUGAUGGUCCUCUCCAUGACAACUCUACAGGCACUGAUCCAAUCAUUCCCGAGUUCGACAUAGACUCUCCCUUAUACCCUCGGUACAAACCAUGGGAAACAGCCUCAAACGGCCAAUACAUACCAGAAGGAUACUUUCUGGCUGACCUCGAACGGGUUCUUGGAUCUACUCUGUCCGAUAUUCAGGAUAUCGCCAACCAUGGACCCUUUGAGUUUCGCUUUACCCAAGGGUCUAGCACCCAGUUCCGCUGGUCUACUUCUGCUAGCAAAUUUCUUCCUCCGCACGAUUCUCUGCCAAUACUACCCUUCGACUACGACGACAAUGAGAUGCCAGGAUCUACCAUAUACGGUGUACCCCCAUUGACCGAGGGCCAGCGGUUGGGUCCUUCUCCAACAGGCCGACCUGCCGAUGUCUGGAGCAUCUACAAUCUCGAUCCUCCAUUGACCCAACUCUGCCGCAAGCUUGAGACUUCUUUGCAGCGGGUCAAGGAUUUACACUACCGUCUUCACAACCAGCUUGUCACCCUAUUUCCGGGCCAGUCUUUGGAUCGCGUCAACCUGAUCAUGUUCCGCCUGUCCCUUCUGAUCGAACAACAGAGUAUCAGAAAUGGUACAUGGGGUUCUGAUCAAGAAAGACUCGAUUGCAUAUUCCCCCAGCGUACCAUCCAUCUCAGUACUCCGACUACCACGUCCGCGCCUAGACCACCUCCGCCUGGUCUGAAGGACAUCCCGGCGAAUAUCCCCCUGGAUUAUCUUGAACAGGUAUUCGAAGCCCAUGCCAAGUCCGUCUCGGCCUCAUCAUCCCUUACCUCAUCCCCGACCCCGAUCACGACUCGACAACCAUCCUCGAUGCCAUGUCACUCCAGACGAUACCACUCGCCAGCCGAAUGGUCCCAUGCUCAGGACAACAACGGAACCGCGCACGAACUUGUCGAUAUUCUCGACAUCACAACUGGGCACGACUUUGGGAAAGAGAUGAACACGCAUGCUCCGCAUCUCUUCAUGCUGAUGCCAUACAGAGAUGCACUAAAAGAGACAUCCCAACAUCUCUCCAGUCUCAAUGACCGGAUAAAACAAGUACUCACGACAGCACAUACCCAAGAUCUCGACUGGACACGGACCAAGGAGUCGUUUACUCGACUCGAGGACGUGGCGCGCUUCCUCAGCCAGAUAGCUACGGUGCGCAUCGACGAGAUGUAUCAUCGUGCCGAGCGUGGUACCUCUCUCCUUGAGGCGACUGAGCUGCGGCAGACUAGACUUCGCAAUGAGGUGGCAUCAGGUUGGAUUGGUGCCCCAGUCUCGGUCAGGCGCAGUGGCGAGCAGCUGAGCCUUCUUCACUUCCCCUCCAUCCAGACCGUCAUGUCAAUGUGGCAUAUCACGACCAAAUGGAUACGUGCAGAAGUCUCAAGUCUCCAAGACACGCAUGCCGCGCGCGAGCUUGCCUUCAAUCGGCGACGCGAAAAGGAGCGGAAAGACAAGACGUCAGCGAUGCGUCCAGUUAUUUGGUCGAGGUGGGAGAUGGGGGACACAAGAAGAGAGUCGUUUGGGCGCGAGGCGUUUUGCUGGGACUGGGGGCCAGUGAAGGAGAGGGAUAAAAAGGGAUGCGGCGAUGGGUCUUUGAGGCAUGGAAAUGACUAAGUGAGACUGGAUGUUUGUUCAUCUUGGACAGGCAGUUCAUAGACGCACCGCAUGCAAUAAACUGGCAACGUUGAGCGAAACUUG